AUGGCAACGCGGCCGACUCUAAAACCGAGAAGAAUCCUUGCCCACUAUGGUCUACUUGCCCAACGGCCGUGUUUCGGGAGCUCCCGGGUGGUGUGGAGUGGAGUUAGUUGGUCACAAGGAGCGUCAACGGCGGUGUAUGUCUUUCCUGCCACACAUAAACAAUCAAUCGGGGACGCGGGGAAGAUAUGCACAGAGGCCAGGGCUUGGUUGGCUACCCGCAUCAAGUAA